GCGCAGCCAUCUUGAACCGUGAAGCAGCGACGGCGGAGAAAGAGCGAAAAAAAGGAGAGAAGAGAAGAAAAACCACCGAAUAACCGACGACCGGAGCAGAACCGAACCGAGCCGAACCCUCCGCCACAGCCGCGGGUCUGUGAACCAGUGAAGGCAGAAGCAGCGGAGGACGCCCCGGGACUACAGCCGCCUCGGAGCCUCGGACAGCGGACCGACGAGUCAGGAAGAGCCGCCUCAGCUUCAGCCGCAGGAAGAGCGAACCGGAGCCGCCUGGAGCCCGACCGGAGCCGACCGGAGCCAUGAACCCCGAAUAUGACUACCUGUUCAAGCUGCUGCUCAUCGGAGACUCUGGAGUAGGAAAGUCUUGUCUGCUGCUGCGCUUUGCAGACGACACCUACACAGAGAGCUACAUCAGCACCAUCGGAGUGGACUUCAAGAUCCGAACCAUCGAGCUGGACGGGAAGACCAUCAAGCUGCAGAUUUGGGACACUGCUGGACAGGAGCGGUUUCGAACCAUCACCUCCAGCUACUACCGCGGAGCCCACGGCAUCAUCGUGGUGUACGACGUGACCGAUCAGGAGUCCUACAACAACGUGAAGCAGUGGCUGCAGGAGAUCGACCGCUACGCCAGCGAGAACGUCAACAAGCUGCUGGUGGGGAACAAGUGCGACCUGACCACCAAGAAGGUGGUGGACUACACCACCGCCAAGGAGUUUGCAGACUCCCUGGCCAUCCCCUUCCUGGAGACCAGCGCUAAGAACGCCACCAACGUGGAGCAGGCCUUCAUGACCAUGGCGGCGGAGAUCAAGAAGCGCAUGGGCCCCGGCGCCACGGCGGGCGGAGACAAGCCCAACCUCAAGAUCGAGAGCACCCCCGUCAGGCAGUCCGGGGGCGGCUGCUGCUAGAGCCCCACGCCACCCCCGUCAGGCCCACACAGAUCCAACCCCUCCCCACACACACACACACACACACACACACACACACACACACACACACACAGCCUCCCCUCCAUCAGCCAGGGCUGGAGGACACUGGAGCAGCUCCCACAGUACGGUUGAGACUCUUCACAGGGUUGGUGGGGGCAGGAGGGGGUAAGAGGGGGCGGGGCAGGGUGGAGGGGGGGCGGGGCAGGGUGGAGGGGGGGGCGGGGCUUUCUCUUUCUCUCACCAGAGCUGAGGGGACGGGGGCGUAGGGACGGGACUGGUUUGGGUUUAGAGCAGAAUGAAGGCUGAGGAAGAUUAGGUUUGCACACACACUCACAUGUACACACACUCACACACACUCACACACAUGGGCACACACACACACACACACACACUCUCUCUCUCUCUCUCUCUCUCUGAGGAAGCUGAGCUUUUGCAGUGUGUCUGCAUUUCAAGCAGCUGCUGUCAGUGACGGUUAGCUUGGAGCAGCUCUCAUUCCUCUGACAAGAAGAAGAAGAAGACGACCCUCUCUCCACCCUCCACUCCUCCACCCUCCACUCCUCCACCCUCCACCCUCCUCCAGCCUGAAGCAGCCGGCGGCUCAGCAGGAUUCCUGCUCGGCAGGCCGGGCUGCAUUACAGCUCCUGAGGACGGCUUCCUGUCUGAUUCCGGGACGGACGCUCAUCUCAUGCAAUAAACAGCGGGCGUCUGGUUCGAUUCCCUCCUGCAGCUCUGUCUGAACAGUGAGGACUCGCCCGCGCAGUGGACGGGCUCGUCGGGUCACGUGAUGUCCACCUGCAGCAUCUGGACCUGCAGGCUUUCCUCAGAGGUCAGAGGUCGUCUGGGUUCACCGGGUCCGAGAGAAGGAGAAACUGUCCUCCGGACUCCUGCGAACUUCAGCCCGGAGGUUUUAUCACGUUUUAACGUUGUUAGCGCUCAGAGGAGUGUGUGUGUGUGAGGAGAGAGUGUGUGUGUGUGUGUGUGUGUCACUCAGCGCUGAGCGGACGCCAGUGUUUUACUGUCAGGGUUUUUUUAAACCUUUUACUGGUUCUAGACGAGAUGUUUCCUGGUGGAGCUGCGGGGCGGGGCUGAUGUGGGAGGAGUGUGUUGUGGUGUGGUGUGUGGGCUGUUCGGGGGUCCUGCUGUGUCUCAUGGUGGGGGGGGGGGCUGGAGGGUCUGGGGGGUCUGGAGGUUCAGGGACUGACUGGUCUUCACCGGAUAUGAAUUCCCAAACUCAAACCUCC